AUGUCAGGAAGUGAUUUCGCAGAGCGCGGCGACAGGAGUGAGGAGCAAGUGUCGGGUGCUAAAGUCGUAGCCCAGGCCCUGAAAACACAAGAUGUGGAAUACAUAUUUGGUAUCGUAGGUAUCCCAGUGACCGAAAUCGCCAUCGCCGCGCAGAGUCUGGGCAUCAAGUACAUAGGAAUGAGAAAUGAGCAAGCGGCUUGUUAUGCUGCUUCUGCAGUUGGCUAUCUGACAGGCAGGCCAGGAGUAUGCCUUGUGGUUUCUGGCCCAGGUCUCAUCCACGCCUUGGGUGGCAUGGCAAAUGCAAACAUGAACUGUUGGCCCUUGAUUGUGAUUGGUGGUUCCUCUGAAACAAGUCAAGAAAUGAUGGGAGCCUUCCAGGAGUUUCCCCAGGUUGAAGCUUGUAGAUUAUAUAGCAAAUUCUCUGCCCGGCCAAGCAGCAUAGAAGCUAUUCCCUUUAUUAUUGAAAAGGCUGUGAGAAGCAGUAUUUAUGGUCGUCCAGGUGCUUGCUAUGUUGACAUUCCUGCAGAUUUUGUGAAUCUCCAGGUGGAUACAAAUUCUGUAAAGUAUGUGGAGUGCUGCAUGCCCCCUCCUAUUAGCAUGGCAGAAACUUCUGCUGUACAUGUGGCAGCAUCUAUUAUCAGGAAUGCCAAGCAGCCCCUCCUUAUCAUUGGCAAAGGUGCUGCUUAUGCUCAUGCAGAAGAGAGUAUCAGGAAAUUGGUUGAGCAAUGUAAAUUGCCAUUUUUGCCAACCCCCAUGGGAAAGGGUGUUGUCCCUGACAACCAUCCAAACUGCGUCAGUGCAGCCAGAUCCAGGGCUUUGCAAUUUGCUGAUGUAAUUGUGUUAUUUGGUGCAAGAUUAAAUUGGAUUUUGCAUUUUGGACUGCCUCCGCGAUAUCGACCAGAUGUGAAGUUUAUCCAGAUUGAUAUCUGUGCAGAGGAACUGGGGAAUAAUGUAAGGCCUGCUGUCACUUUACUAGGAGACAUAAAUGCUGUAACUAAACAGCUUUUAGAACAAUUUGAUGAAACACCGUGGCAGUAUCCUCCAGAGAGCACAUGGUGGAAAACUCUGAGAGAAAAAAUGAAGAGCAAUGAAGCUGCAUCCAAGGAACUAGCUUCCAAAAUAGCCCCACCUAUGAAUUAUUACACAGUGUUCUACCAUGUUCAAGAACAACUACCUAGAGACUGUUUUGUGGUAAGCGAAGGAGCAAACACUAUGGACAUCGGACGCACUGUGCUUCAGAACUACCUUCCUCGUCACAGGCUUGAUGCUGGUACAUUUGGAACAAUGGGUGUUGGUUUGGGAUUUGCCAUUGCAGCUGCUAUAGUAGCUAAAGAUAAAAACCCAGGGCAGCGGAUCAUCUGUGUGGAAGGAGACAGUGCAUUUGGGUUUUCUGGCAUGGAGGUGGAAACCAUCUGCAGGCACAACCUGCCAAUCAUAAUCUUGGUGGUGAAUAAUAAUGGAAUUUACCAAGGUUUCGAUUCAGGUACUUGGAAGGAGAUUUUAAAUUCUGGAGAAGCUGCUGCUGUGGCCCCUCCAAUGUGUCUUCUGCCAAACUCCCAUUAUGAGCAGGUCAUGAUUGCAUUUGGGGGCAAAGGGUAUUUUGUACAAACACCAGAGGAACUUCAAAAGUCCCUGAGACAGAGUCUGGCAGACACAACUAAGCCCUCUCUUAUCAACAUCAUGAUUGAGCCACAAGCUGCAAGGAAGGCCCAGGAUUUUCACUGGCUGACCAGCUCUAAUCUGUGAAUGAAGAUGCCAGCGGUGGUCUUGAGGAAUCUCUUCUUUCCUGCAAGAUGGAAUGUAUCUUCCACAGCACACUUGCUACAGUGUUAAAAUUGUGCAAAGAAAAACAUAAUGUAUCUUGAAUGACAUUUUGUAGUAAAGGAAUUAAUUGAAAGAAAAAGUUA